AACUCUCGCACUUUCCCUCCUAAACGAAUCGUUUUACCACCAAAGUCUCGAGAGAAAAAUGGAAACCGCGAAGGGGUUCAGAGGAAGAAUAGGCGGAAGGAGGAAGAAGGCAGUGUCAAAGUCGGUCCGAGCUGGGCUUCAAUUUCCGGUGGGUCGGAUAUGCCGUUUCAUGAAAGCUGGUCGCUACGCCGAUCGGAUCGGAACCGGGACUCCGAUUUACAUGGCUGCUGUUCUUGAAUAUUUGGCUGCUGAGGUUCUGGAGUUGGCGGGGAAUGCGGCACGUGACAACAAGAAGACUCGGAUCAGCCCGCGGCACGUGCUAUUGGCAGUGAAAAACGACGAGGAGCUGGAGAAGCUUUUGAAAGGAGUGACCAUAGCCAGUGGCGGUGUGCUUCCGCAGAUAAACCCAGUUUUGCUUCCAAAGGAGACGACGUCGUCCAAAGCCUCUUCCAAGGCUCCCAAGCUCGUCAAUCCCACCACCAACAAAUCGUCUUUUUCUGCUGCUGUAGAAAAUGCUCCCGACUUUGGGAAUGAGGCAAACGACGCCGCUUCGGAUGUCGCCGACAAUGCGUCUCCCAAUUCACCACCCAAGGAAUUGGCCUCAAGCCCCUCUUCUGGUGUUUCUGCUGUAUCAGCAACUACAUAAAUCUCAGUAGGGAACUAUAGGAAUGAAAAGUUUUUUAGUCAGAGUAGUGCACAAAUGGAAACUGAUAGUGGGUUGGGUAUAUCUGACAGAAACUUCAAAUGGAAAGUUUCUUAUUUUGUGAAUAAAAUUUAAAUGCAAUCUUCUUAUGGUGAUCAAUUGAAAUUUGGAAUGCAAA